AUGGACUGGACCAGCGUGAUAGAGCGUGAUUUACGUCGUCUUUCAGAAUUGCCUAAAGGUGAUAUAACAGGUAUUCUGGCAUUUUUACACCAUGAAGCAUGUGAUGGUAAAUUAUAUAGGUUAGUAAGAAGCUCUUUCCCAUUUAAUUUGUCUUCAGCUCCUCCAGAUUGGGGGUUAUGUAGACCCAGUGAAAUCCCAUCAACAAUAUCCUUAAGUUUAUCAUACGUGUAUCGUAAUGCUGUUGAUACAGCUAACUUAAGAACAUCAAUGGACUGGACCGAAAAGCAUGCGGAACUAUUCUUGGAAGCUACGAUUGUGAGCUGCUGGAGUUCAUUAUCAAAGUGUGAAAAUAAUAGUGAAUUAUGUGACUUAGACAUAGGUACCGAUCUAUUGAAUGAAAUAUCUUUACAAUCUAUUGGUCAGAAAGAUGCAAGAGUUUGGGGAUUGUGGGCUGUUUUGGAUUUUCUAAAUUAUUCAAGAAAACCAAAUAGUUUACCAAACUCUACAUUACUUUUUAAUGCUGCUACAAAAGCUCUGCAAAAAAUUGAGCAAGGAAGAUUUUACAAUGCAGAACCAAGUGCCUUAUUAACUGCUGUAACAACACAAUUUACAUCUAUUAUACAAAAAAAUAAACCAGGAAUAGGUGUUUCUCCAGUUCAUAAUAUUGUGGAGAAUGAUACAAAUACACAUCCUAAUACUUUAUCACUUUCCUCAUCAUCUUCUGCAUCAGCCAAUACAGAGACGUCACCAAUUGGUGAUUCUACUUGUAAUAAUUCAGUCAAACCACCAGAACAAAGAGCAACAAUAAGAUAUGUACCUUCGAAAAGAAUUGGUGGAAGAGCUCAUGUGUUUUCUUUAAGCUCAACAACAGCUACUACACCUGCAGGAUCCAAAACAAAUGAUACAAUAAAUGUUGCAUAUUCUACCCAGAAUAAUACUAGCAAUAACUUUUCAACUUCAUAUAUACAAGGUGAUUCAUAUACAACAAAUAGUUGUGACCUUAAAACUCCAAUUCCAAUAAGAAGACAGAGAUCACAAAAUGAAUUUCAACCUCAAAAUAUUGAUAAUAUCCAGCAACAAAAUCAAAUAUUAAAUAGUGAACAGAUAGAUCCGAAAAUUAAGUCAAAUAAAAAAAUUGGUUUUAAUAUUGUUCCUGAGCAACAACCAAUAGAAUAUUCAAUAAAUGAAGCUGAUAUUAACACAAAUAAUCGUUCUAAUCCCUUACAACUUCCAGAGGUUUGUAAAUAUUCAUUAGAGCCAGCAGUGAAAUAUCCAGGAUAUAAAAUUGAAGUUAAUAGAAAAACUUAUGAAAUUUUGUCAUCUAUACAGAAAGGUGGUUCUUCUCAAGUCUACAAAGUACGUGAAUGUGAUAGUAAUAAUUUUUAUGCAUUAAAAUGUGUUAGGGUAUUCACUGGCUUGCAUAACCAUAACAAAAGUGAAUCAGAAAAUAUUGAUCAUACUAAUAAAAAUUUUUAUAAAAAUAUAAAUGAUGCAAGAAAAAGCCCAGGAUAUAAAGUGAACUCUGAAAAAAAAAGUAAUCAGAAAAGGAAUUCAUUACUUCAAGGAGCUAAUAUGGAAGCUGAUGGUGAAGAAAUAGAAAAUGAAGAAGAGGAUGAAAAUGAAGAAGAACAAUUACUACUCAUGUUUACAGAGGAAGUCAACUUACUAAAAAAGAUGCGAGGAUGUCCACAUGUAAUUCAAUUAAUUGACUAUGAAAUAGCAUUAGGUUGUGGAGCAAUAGAUAUUAUUAUGGAGUUGGGCGUUAAAGAUUUAAAUGGAAUCUUACAAGGGAAUUCUCUACUACCAAGUAUUCAAGUACUAAGAAAAAUAUGGACAGAAAUGGUAUUAGCUCUUAAAGAUGUCCAUGAUUUACGCAUUGUACAUGGAGAUAUAAAACCUGCUAAUUUUGUUUUUGUUGAAGAUAUAGAUCAUUUAAAUAAUGAUAAUUUAAAUGAUCUAGCUGGGAAUAAUGGAAAAGAUUUUUGUAUUACAGGAAAAAAAGUAAAAAUAAUAGAUUUUGGUAUAUCACGCCCAAUUGCAGAUGAUACAACUCAUAUUUUUAGAGAUAAAGCUGUAGGAUCACUACCAUUUAUGGCACCAGAAACAGUACGCCCAGUUUCAAUUUCAAGCAGUAAAUUUGCACUUGCAGCAGCAGCAUCCAAAUUACGUAUGCCAAAUCAAAUAAUGUCACGUACAGCUGAUAUAUGGUCAUUAGGUGCUAUACUAUACCGUAUUGUCUACAAACGUCAUUUAUUUCAACCAAUCCAAAGUAAAUCUAAACAUAAUGGAUCUAAUAAUGGAGGUCCCCCACUUCCUUCAGCUGUAAAAAAAAAUUCUAACUCAUCAAAUAAGUCAAAUGUUGCACCACAUGAAAUACUUAUGUUUUUACAAAGUGAUCAAGGUAAAAUUAUAUUUCCAAAAGAAAUUGGUUAUACAUUUUCAUUACAAUCUAAAGAUGAUCAAUUAUGGCUAGAUUCACUCAGAAAUUUACUACAAUGGGCACUUCAGUGGGACCCAGCAAAUAGACCAAAUGUUAAUCAGCUACUAACACACCCAUUUAUUGAUACAAAAAUUGUCUCAGAAACAAUAUUCCAAUUCCAUAUUCCACACUCUUUAACUAUUGGUCCACAUCAAUUUGAAAAAUAUCAGUCAAUAGAGAAAUUAAUAGAGACAUUAUCAGAUAAUGAUCGCAAUUCUGCAUUGGAUAGAUUUUUUAAAACCCCAUUUAACUCAAUUAAAGGUGAAAAAUCAAAUACUUUCUACUCUUCUAUGAGAUGGAAUAUAGUUACACAAGGGAAUUCAUUAUUUUUAAAUAUAUAUAAUUCUCUUGUUUCAUCAAUAACAACUGGAAAAACUGGAGAAGAUAUUACACAAGAUAUGAGUAGUAUUAAUCAAUUAGCAAUACUACAAUACACAACACUUGUAAAAAAUAUUUAUAUCCCACCACCUCCAUCAACUGGAUCAAUAACCGCAUCUAGAAAAGGUCAUUAA